CGCAAAGCGGCUUGGAAGUGGGCAGCCUGGAAGUCACUCGGGCCACCGGAGCUGGCGGCGUCUCCAGUGAGCAGCGCGGGGCUGGGCGCAGCGGUCGUGGGGCCCGCGGGGCGGCAGCCGGGACGCCUAGAUGCACAGCCAUUGAUAGCCAUCCACUCUUCUGGGACCCUCAAGGAGCACUAGAAUCCAGAAGGAACUGAGGCAUGGCUGGGAAUACACCCUUGCUGCCUGCAGGCUGGCAUCUACAACUGCUGCUUGCUCUGCCCUGCUGAGCAUCUCAGUCUGGAGCCCCCAAGACAGCAACUGCCUCCUGAGGUUGUCCUUGGCUUGGCUGUGUACAGCGAUGGUGGAGAACUGGACUCCACAGGCUCACAACCUUCCCAUCAGGUUUCGGGGACCAGCAUCCUUCAUCCUGGGACUGGCAGCCCUGCUGAACAAUGGCUGAGGGGCAGGGGACCCCAUAGUGUCACACCACAGCUUACGGGGGCCAGCAGCACUCCACUGCCCGUGGACUAUGACCACCUAUCGGCCCAUUCCCAAUGAUGGUGUGGACCUGGCAGCCAGCUGUGGGGCCAGGGGGGCCGAUGUCCUCCCUGGGCCACACACAGGGGAUUAUGCUCCCAUGGGAUUCUGGGCCCAGAAUGGCAGCAUGUCCCAGCCUCUUGGUGAGAGCCCGGCCACUGCCACCACCCGCCCUAGCCCCACCACCCCUGCAAUGCCCAAGAUGGGUGUGCGUGCAAGAGUGGCCGACUGGCCACCCAAGCGAGAGGCCCUGAGAGAGCAGAACAACCCAAGCCCCUCACAGGAUACAGAUGGCACAAAGGCCCCCAAGGUGGCUCAUUCCAUAAGGAGUGUACAGAAUGGACAGCUCCCUGCUGGCACCCCACCUUCCUCAGGGUCCAAAGCCUUCCACCGACUCUCCAGGAGAAGGUCCAAAGAUGUAGAAUUCCAGGACGGAUGGCCCCGGUCCCCAGGCAGGGCCUUCCUCCCCCUGCAGCACCGCAGCAGCAGCGAGAUCACGCUCAGUGAGUGUGAUGUUGAGGACACGGGGGAACCACGGGGGGCCCGGCACACGGGGGCACUGCCGCUCUUCCGCGAGUACGGGAGCACCUCGUCCAUUGAUGUGCAGGGUGUGCCCGAGCAGAGCUUUUUCGAUAUUCUCAACGAAUUCCGCAGUGAGCAGCCCGAGGCCAGGGGCUCCCAGAACCUCUCUGAGCUCCUACGGGCAGAUCCAGGCCCACACCCCAUAGGGAGUGGCGGUGGAGCCAAAGGGGACCCCCGCAAUGGGCAGCCUUCAAAGGACAGUCUCCUACCACUGCAGCCCAUGAAGGAGAAGGAGAAGGCCCGGAAGAAGCCCAUGCGGGGCCUGGGCAGCGGGGACACAGUGGACUCAUCCAUCUUCCGGAAGCUGAGGAGCAGCAAGCCAGACGGGGAAGCUGGCCGGUCCCUGGGGGAUGCCGACGAGGGUCGGAGCCCCCCAGAAGCCAGCAGGCCGUGGGUCUGUCAGAAGAGCUUCGCCCAUUUUGAUGUGCAGAGCAUGCUGUUUGACCUCAACGAGGCAGCCGCCAACAGGGUGUCCGUGGCCCAGCGGCGUAACACCACCACGGGCGCCUCGGCCGCCUCGGCUGCCUCGGCCAUGGCGUCGCUCACAGCCUCGCGGGCCCACAGCCUAGGGGGCCUGGACCCAGCCUUCACCAGCACAGAGGACUUGAACUGCAAGGAGAACCUGGAACAGGACCUGGGCGAUGACAACAGUAAUGACCUAUUACUCAGCUGCCCUCAUUUCCGCAAUGAGAUCGGAGGCGAGUGUGAGCGCAAUGUGAGCUUCUCCCGGGCUUCCGUGGGCUCCCCGAGUGGCAGUGAGGGUCCCCCGGCGGAGCCCGCCUUGAGUGCUUACCGCACCAAUGCCAGCAUCUCGGUGCUGGAGGUGCCCAAGGAGCAGCAGAGGACGCAGAGUCGGCCCCGGCAGUAUAGCAUCGAGCACGUGGACCUGGGCGCCCGCUACUACCAGGACUACUUCGUGGGCAAAGAACAUGCCAAUUACUUUGGCGUGGAUGAGAAGCUGGGGCCAGUGGCUGUGAGCAUCAAGCGGGAGAAACUGGAAGACCACAAGGACCACGGACCUCAGUACCAGUACAGGAUCAUCUUCCGGACCCGCGAGCUCAUCACCCUACGGGGCUCCAUCCUGGAAGAUGCCACGCCCACAGCCACCAAGCAUGGGACAGGGCGCGGCCUCCCCCUGAAGGAUGCCCUGGAGUAUGUCAUUCCUGAGCUCAACAUCCACUGCCUGCGGCUGGCCCUCAGCACUCCCAAGGUGACAGAGCAGCUGCUGAAGCUCGAUGAGCAAGGGCUCUGCCGGAAACACAAGGUGGGCGUCCUCUACUGCAAGGCUGGCCAGAGCUCAGAGGAGGAGAUGUACAACAAUGAGGAGGCAGGCCCAGCCUUCGAGGAGUUCCUCUCUCUCCUUGGGGAGAAAGUCUGUCUGAAGGGGUUCACCAAGUAUGCCGCUCAGCUGGAUGUCAAGACGGACUCCACAGGAACCCACUCCCUCUACACUACCUACCAGGACUACGAGAUCAUGUUCCACGUCUCUACCCUGCUCCCUUACACCCCCAACAACAGACAGCAGCUCCUGAGGAAGAGGCACAUUGGAAACGACAUUGUGACGAUCAUCUUCCAGGAGCCAGGGGCACUGCCUUUCACCCCCAAGAACAUCCGCUCCCACUUUCAGCAUGUCUUCAUCAUCGUCCGUGCACACAACCCCUGCACCGAUACUGUCUGCUACAGCAUGGCUGUAACCCGAUCCAAAGACGCUCCUCCUUUCGGCCCCCCCAUCCCCAGUGGAACCACAUUCCGGAAGUCUGAUGUCUUCAGAGACUUCUUGCUAGCCAAGGUGAUUAACGCUGAGAAUGCUGCACACAAGUCUGACAAGUUCCACACUAUGGCCACCAGGACCCGCCAGGAGUACCUCAAGGACCUAGCUGAGAACUGUGUCUCCAACACACCCAUUGACUCCAGUGGCAAAUUCAACCUCAUCUCCCUGACCUCCAAGAAGAAGGAGAAAACAAAAGCCCGGGCAGGUGCUGAGCAGCACAGUGCAGGGGCCAUUGCUUGGAGGGUAGCUGCUCAGGACUAUGCCCAGGGGGCAGAAAUUGACUGCAUUUUGGGAAUUUCCAAUGAGUUUGUGGUGCUCCUGGACCUACGAACCAAGGAAGUGGUGUUCAACUGCUACUGCGGGGAUGUCAUUGGCUGGACCCCAGAUGCUUCGACACUCAAAAUCUUCUAUGGGCGAGGAGACCACAUCUUCCUCCGAGCCACAGAGGACUCCAUGGAAGACAUAAGGGAAAUUGUGCAGAGACUGAAGGUGAUGACCAACGGCUGGGAGACGGUGGACAUGACCCUACGGCGGAACGGGCUUGGGCAGCUGGGCUUCCACGUGAAGUAUGACGGGACAGUGGCCGAGGUGGAGGACUAUGGGUUCGCCUGGCAGGCUGGCCUCCGGCAGGGCAGCCGGCUGGUGGAGAUCUGCAAGGUGGCCGUGGUCACGUUGACUCAUGACCAGAUGAUUGACCUGCUGCGUACCUCUGUCACUGUGAAGGUGGUCAUCAUCCCGCCUUUUGACGAUGGCACACCCCGGAGGGGGUGGCCGGAGACCUAUGACAUGAAUACCUCGGAGCCCAAGACUGAGCAGGACAGCCUCACACCUGGGGGCCGGCCCCCCUACCGCAGCAAUGCUCCCUGGCAGUGGAGUGGGCCCGCAUCCCAUAACUCUCUACCAGCCUCUAAGUGGGCCACUCCAGCCACCCCCGGCCAUGCCCAGUCCCUGAGCCGGCCCCCAAAACAGGCCCCCAUGGUCCCCUUCCGGGAGUCCCAGCCACUACACAGCAAGAGGCCAGUCAGUUUCCCAGAAACCCCUUACACGGCAUCACCAGCAGGGGCCGACAGAGUCCCUCCCUACCGACAGCCUUCUGGGAGCUUCUCCACCCCCGGCUCAGCUACCUACGCGAGAUACAAGCCAUCCCCAGAAAGGUACACGGCCGCCCCGCACACACUGCUGUCUUUUGAUCCCCACUUCAGCCACGAUGGAGCAUCCAGCGGCGACUCCUCCUCAGGCGGCCUGACCAGUCAGGAGAGCACGAUGGAGCGCCAGAAGCCAGAGCCUUUGUGGCAUGUGCCCGCCCAGGUCAGGCUCUCAGCCCUGGCUGGAAGCAGUGGAAGCAAGCACACCUCCAGGCAGGACGCAGCAGGCAAAGAUUCCCCCAACAGGCAUUCCAAAGGAGAACCUCAGUACUCAAGUCAUUCCAGCAGCAAUACCCUCUCCAGCAAUGCAUCCAGUAGCCACAGUGAUGAUCGCUGGUUCGAUCCCCUGGAUCCCCUAGAACCAGAGCAAGACCCACUUUCCAAGGGUGGCUCUAGUGACAGUGGCAUCGACACCACCCUCUAUACCUCCAGCCCCAGCUGCAUGUCCCUGGCCAAGGUGCCUCGGCCAACCAAGCCACACAAGCCUCCUGGAAGUAUUGGCCUGUGUGGCGGGGGGCGCGAGACUGCUGGGAGGUCCCACCACACAGACAGGCGACGGGAGGUGUCCCCUGCCCCUAUGGUUGCUGGCCAGAGCAAGGGCUACCGACCGAAGCUGUACUCUUCAGGCUCCAGCACCCCUACAGGCCUGGCUGGGGGCAGCCGAGAGCCACCAAGGCAGCCCAGUGACAUGGGCUCCAGGGCUGGCUACCCUGCUCAGGUUUACAAAACUGCCAGCGCAGAGACUCCUCGGCCCUCCCAGCUGGCCCAGUCCAGCGCCUUCCAGCUCUCCGCCUCCGUCCCCAAGUCCUUCUUCUCCAAGCAGCCUGUGCGGAAUAAGCACCCAGCAGGGUGGAAGAGAGCGGAGGAGCCACCCUCACGGCCACUCCCCUUCACUGACCCAAAGAAGCAGGUGGACACCAACACAAAAAAUGUCUUCGGGCAGCCGCGGUUAAGGGCAUCCCUCCGAGACCUCCGGUCGCCACGGAAGAACUACAAAUCCACCAUUGAGGACGACCUGAAAAAACUCAUUAUCAUGGACAACCUGGGGCCAGAGCAGGAGAGAGACACAGGGCAGUCCCCACAGAAGAGCCUGCAGCGAACACUGUCUGAUGAGAGCCUGUGCAGUGGGCGCCGGGAGCCUGGAUUUGCCAGCCCUGCCAGCCUGGAGCCGGGGCUGCCCAGCGACGUGCUGUUCACCAGCACCUGCGCCUUCCCCUCUAGCACGCUGCCUGCCCGUCGCCAGCACCAGCACCCCCACCCGCCUGGCCCUGGCCCUGGCCCCACCGCCACCCCCACCACUGGCAAUGGCUUCCCAGAGAAGAAAUCCACCAUCUCGGCCUCAGAGCUGUCACUGGCUGAUGGGCGGGACCGACCUCUGCGGCGCCUUGACCCUGGGAUGAUGCCAUUGCCCGACACAGCUGCUGGCCUUGAGUGGUCCAGCCUGGUCAACGCAGCCAAGGCAUAUGAGGUGCAAAGAGCCGUCUCACUCUUCUCUCUAAAUGAUCCAGCCCUGAGCCCUGACAUUCCACCUGCACACAGCCCUGUCCACAGCCACCUGAGCCUGGAAAGGGGACCCCCGACCCCCAGGACCACCCCUACCAUGAGCGAGGAGCCCCCCCUGGAUCUGACAGGCAAGGUGUACCAGCUGGAGGUGAUGCUGAAGCAGCUGCACACAGACCUCCAGAAGGAGAAGCAGGACAAGGUGGUGUUGCAGUCGGAAGUGGCCAGCCUGCGACAGAACAACCAGAGGCUGCAGGAGGAGUCGCAGGCCGCCAGCGAGCAGCUGCGCAAGUUUGCUGAGAUCUUCUGCAGGGAGAAGGAACUCUGAGGCACAGAGGCCACAGAGUUCCUACCCCUCCACACCAGGCCCUGGCUCCCUCCCUGCAGGCAGGCUGUGGGUUCCUGCUGUCUUCUGCUACUCACCUCCAAGAUAACCCAGCCAGGGCCCUGGCACUGACUGCCCCCGCAGCCCUCCCCGUGGACUCGAAAGCCUGAUGGCAGUAGGACUCAAGGAAGUCCACAGUGGGGCUGUGAGCCAGAGUGUGCCCGUGGCCCUCAAGCCCCCUCGAGGCUGCCCACCUAUGUUCCCUGUGAGCCGGCCAUGUUCACACUGCUGCAGGACCUGUCCUCUGUCCCCAUCUACGGCCUCUUGCUAGGACGGGGCAGGAGUCAGUCUCCAAACCCCACUGGUCUGGGAGCUCACAAAGUAGGUUUCUUCCCCACGAAUGACAGUUGAAGCUUUUGGGGCUAAGCCCCCUGCAUGAAAAAUACAGUGUGAAACCAGCGCUUUCAUCCCGCCACACCCAGAGAGGGAACAGACCAGGUCCUAGGUCCCCAGUGCCCUAGCUCCAAAAAUCACGAACAUUAUCCCUCCCAAACCCUCCUUCCAAAAAGCAGCCAGGAGCACUUUCUUAGAGUUUUAAGUUAUUUUCUUGGGGGCCCCAGGAUGGAGAAAGGAAAACCCAGCAUCCAGAGUCAACUUCUUUGAGAGAGAAACUCUAUUUGUACAAUCAGGACAAUUUAUACAAUCUUUUUCUAUCAGCUCCUCUUCUGCCAGAGGCCACAGCGCCUGGGCUUGGGGCCGCUAGGCCCCUCCACCUUCCAGCUACUGGCCACCACAGCCAAGUCCCUCCCAGCACGACCGACCGGCGGCCCCCUGGCCCCAGGAGGGGCUCAUGAAGCCCUCAGGUCAGGGCCGGAGAAAAACAGCCUGCAUCUCCUUGGGUUUUGUUCUCCUUUGCAAGCCUCCCAGCCCAUCACCAAGGCCCAGGGUGGCACCAAGCAGACACCCUCACUGUGCUCCCCAGGAGCGCCCCACGGAGCCCUCUGGACGCUGGUUCUCUAAAGGCAAUAAGGGGCAGCUUGCCAGGCAGCCGAGCCGACGUGGUACUAUGCUGUUCACCCAGGAAACAGAGUUUCUUUUCUUUCCUUCUUUAAAAACAAAAAAUAUAUAUAUAUAUAUAUUUAUUUUUUCAUGUAGAGUUGCGCCAGAACAAGUCUGUAUGGCCACAGUCUGUGGAUUCCCCCAACCUCAAGCUGAGGACCGAGGCGAGUCCCCCGUGGGCUGGGGGUCAGCAGGACGACUCUAGAGGGACAAAGUCAGGGUGGGCGAGCAGGCAGCUUCCCUUUUGGGAGGCAGCAGGCAGGGAGGAGUUGGCAGAGAGGGUCUGGCUCAGAGCUCUGGGCUGCAUGCCAGCGCCAAGCAGCCCAGCCCUCAUCCAGGGACUUGCCACUUUCUCUCUGGGGCCAGGAACCUCAAGGAAGGGGGCUCUGGGGACUGCACAAGACGCAGGCACUCAGGGAGGUGCCAGGCCAGAUGAGUGGGGGCGAGAGAAGAGGGUACUAUGGCAUCUCCUAUGAUAAGCCUGUGUCCCCAAGCAGCCCUGCCGUCUGGAGCAGAAACCUCAGCUCUCAGCUGCUCUCCCCCACGCCCAGGGUGUGAGGUGGGCGCUGUGGGGUGGCCGCUCAGCCACCAUCCUCAGCCCUGGCCAACUACUGUGAUGUCUCUCCUUCUUCCCUGACUCCCUUUUCUGGAGGGAGUCUCCAGUCCCUCACCCCCACUCCUUUCCUCAGACCCUAACCUGGAGCCUUUUUUUUUUAGUUGUCUCCUCAUAACUUCAGAUCAUUCAAAUCAUUUUGGGGACCUAAUCGUGUACAUUGACAAACGUAAAUUAUGAUUUUUGGUUUUGUUUUCUGUUAUUUUUGAAGGACUUCCGCAAAACAAAUCUAUUUAAUUUGAGGUUGGUGAUCUAUCUGAUGGCUGAAGCUAGCAGUUUGUUUUUUUAUAUGUUGAUUUGUUUCAUUUGGAUUUUUUUAUUAUUCCUUAUUGUCUUUUCUUUUUCCCCCAUCCUUGUCUUGACAUUUUCUGGCAUGUUUCUGGAGGUUUCAAAGGAAAUAAAUGUUUCAUAGAAAUGG